GCCCCUGGGCAAGUGGGUCCCAGCAGCUGAAGGAGGAGUGCAAGGAAGAGAACAGGAGAAAAGGCAAAAGCAGCCUGUCCCUAUGCUUCUGAGGCUGGAUUGAAUGUGUAUCUUGUAACCAAUUAGGCAGAAUCACAUGGACUCCUUCCCAUUUUUCUUAGUGCACAUGGCCCACAAUAGCCUGUGGGAGAGUCCAGGAGCUUUCAGAAUAUGGCGGCAUACCUGCAGAGACUUGGGGUGAACACGGCCAUCUUUGAGAGGCGCCAUGUCAUCGGGGGUGCAGCUGUCACAGAAGAAAUCAUCCCAGGGUUUAAGUUCUCUCGAGCAUCCUACCUCCUCAGCCUACUGAGGCCUCAGAUUUACACGGACCUGGAGCUGAAGAAAUAUGGGCUACGGCUUCAUCUCCGAAACCCCUACUCCUUCACUCCUAUGCUGGAAGAGCCCACAAUGAGCAAGGCACCCAGGUCCCUUCUGCUGGGCACAGAUGUGGCAGAAAACCAGAAGCAAAUCUCGCAGUUCUCACAGAAGGAUGCUCAGGCCUUUCCCAGAUAUGAGGAAUUCAUGAAACGCUUGGUGCUGGCCAUCAAUCCUCUGCUAGAUGCUGCCCCAGUGGACACAGUGGCCUUACAGCAUGGCUCCCUGCUGCAGAGGCUCCGGGCACUGGCCUCCAUUGGGCCCUUGUUGAAGGCAGGCCGCACCCUGGGGGCCCAGCUCCCCCACUGCUACCAGGUCCUCACAGCCCCGAUCUCCAACGUGCUGGACCACUGGUUUGAGUCUGAGCCUCUAAAAGCCACUCUGGCCACAGAUGCUGUGAUUGGGGCCAUGUCAAGUCCCCACACCCCUGGGAGCGGGUAUGUGCUGCUGCAUCACGUGAUGGGGGGCCUGGAGGGAACACAGGGCGCCUGGGGCUACGUCCAGGGUGGCAUGGGUGCCCUCUCUGAUGCCAUCGCAUGUUCAGCCACGGCACAUGGAGCAAGUAUCUUCACAGAAAAGACAGUAGCUAAGGUGCAGGUGAACAGUGAAGGCCGCCUUCAAGGAGUCGUGCUGCAGGAUGGCCUGGAGGUCAGGAGCAGAGUGGUGCUGUCCAGCGCACCACCGCAGGUCACCUUCCUGAAGCUGACCCCACAGGAGUGCCUUCCAGAGGCCUUUGUGAGGAGAAUCUCCCAGUUGGACACAAAGUCUCCUGUUACCAAGAUUAAUGUGGCUGUGGACAGGCUGCCCAACUUCCUGGCAGCCCCCAAUGCUCCUACGGGCCAGCCACUGCCUCAUCACCAGUGUUCCAUUCACCUGAACUGUGAGGACACCUUGCUCCUCCACCAGGCCUUUGAAGACGCCAUGGAUGGUCUGCCUUCCCACAGGCCUAUGAUCGAGCUCUGUAUCCCUUCAUCGCUGGACCCUACACUGGCUCCCCCUGGCUGCCAUGUCAUCUCUCUCUUCACUCAGUACACACCCUAUACACUGGCAGAAGGCAGGGCCUGGGAUGAGCAGGAGAGAAACGCCUAUGCAGACAAAGUGUUUGACUGCGUCGAGGCCUACGCCCCUGGCUUCAAGAGCUCAGUGGUAGGCAGAGAUGUCCUCACGCCACCAGAUCUGGAGAGAGUCUUUGGGCUUCCUGGAGGGAACAUAUUCCACUGUGCCAUGUCCCUGGACCAGCUCUACUUUGCCCGCCCAGUGCCCCAAUACUCAGGCUACCGCUGUCCUCUCCAGGGCCUGUACCUCUGCGGAAGCGGGGCCCAUCCUGGAGGAGGUGUCAUGGGAGCCGCUGGACGCAAUGCAGCCCACGUGGUCUUUCAGGACCUCAAGAGCAUGUGACUUUGGACCGGCUUUGACCCAGGGAGAAGAACUCCCCCUGUGCUUCUGGCACUCUCACUGUGCCCAGGACACCCUGCUCCUAAGGAUGUCACUUGAGACAAACCACAUUAGCAAGCUGCAAGCCAUUGUUUCAGGAGCAAAACACACGUUACAUUUAGCGCAAGUCCACCCGUGCCCCAGGUCUCCAUGAAUGAGCUUGCCUUGUUUCAUUAAAAGCAAUGCUUUAUCCAGA